AUGGGUAUCCUCAAAUCGCUGAGCUUGAAAGUACUAGGUGCCAUCAUAGCCACCGGUUUUGUUUUGCAGAUACUUUGGUUGUACUCAAACGACUAUCAGUUCCCCUCGUUCUCUCUUCAUCCACACCAGCAAAAUGAUCCAGCACUACAUUGUCACGGAGCUCUCGACUGUUUCCCUUCGAGUCUCAACUUCCCUCGAUUCAACUGGGAGGAGACCUCCCAGUUUUGCCGCGAUACUCACCCAGACCUCGCAGAGUCUCGCCCUCUCAUGGCUACCAUCACCGCACAGUUUGGAAACCCGCAGCUUCAUUACCAACGAGCCCUCGGAACGCACAUGAUGAACGCCAAGGUGCAGCAAAACGAUAUCCACUUACUUGCCACCAAAAUCGUUGACGACCUGUGGAACAAACCGGCUUUUAUCCUUGAGAUUUUGCUGGACGAGAUGACGAAACCCGAAAACGAACGGCUACAAUGGCUAUUCUGGUUCGACCGCGAUACAAUCAUUCUCGACUCCUGCCGCUCCCCGCUCGACUUUCUGCCCUCCUCCCUACGUCACGCGAACGAGCGAACAAAACCGAACGAUAAAGACGGCUCAGACCAGGAUACACAACAGAUACAACUUCUAGUCACCAAGGACUGGAAUGGGUUGAACAACGGCGUCUUUCUGUUACGAGUUAGCCGCUGGAGUGUCGACCUCUUCACGGCAAUCCUGGCUUUCAGACAUUACCGUCCAGACGUUGAACUGAAGUUCACCGAGCAGAGUGCCAUGGCACUGUUGUUGGAGGAGCCCCAGUUCCGCGAUAAUACAGUGUGGGUGCCGCAGUGGUGGUUCAACGCAUACCCUCGGGCGAAGGAAGAUUUCAGUCCAAGGAACGGCUCCGCCAAGGAGUACCAUGCAAGGAGAGGGGACUUCCUGGUUCACUUUGCUGGUUUGGGAAAUCGAGGUGAGGCCAUGGCUCCGUGGCUUGAUGUUGCCGAAACAGCCAUGUCUGCGUGGGCGCUGGAGCCGAAUGAAAGAGAUCUGGAUAGCGAAAUACGAGUUUUCUGGGAGGAUUGGAAGGCUCCGGAAAGUGCUAGCUAG